AUGGCAUCAUUUUCAACGGAAAUAUUAAAAUUAAUUCUUGAGUUUUUUCUGGAUGAUAUAAAAUCUCUUCUAUCUUGUUUGGUGAUAAAUAAACAAUUUGCUCAAGUUACUACAUCGAUUAUAUGGGAAAAUCCAUGGAAAUAUGUUGAAAAAAGGGACGAAAUUAAAUUACUUAACAUCAUAAUUUCUUUUUUACCAGAUAAGUCUAGAAAAAUUUUAAAAGAACAUGGAAUAUUUAUUCCUCUACCCUCAAAACCUCCAUUAUUUGAUUAUGUUAGUUUAUGUAGAAAUCUUGUAUAUUCUCAGAUAAACCUCAUGACAGAAUUAAUUACAUGUUUACCAGAAUAUAAUGUAUCUAAAGUAUCCGCCAUUCAAAUUUCCGACAAUAGAAAUGAUUCAACGAAUUUGUUAGGUCAAAGUGAAACUUAUAAUUUUUAUUUGAUAAAACAAGAGAUAUACAAGAUGUAUGUCGGUCGUUGUCAAUCAUUAGAACGUCUCGAAUUUCAUGAUAUUGAUAUUCCUUUACCUUUUUUUAAAGGCGCAGAAAGAAUUUUCUUAAAUCUAUGUGAAUUACAUUGUGAUACCUCAUUACUUUCUGGAACUUAUUAUCGAAUGGCACAAAUUUGUCAGAAUCUUGAAAGAUUAAUUAUUGAGGAUUGUUGUUAUGAUAACGAUGGUUUAACAACUUUGAUAGAGGCUCAAACCAAAUUGAAAUAUUUAAAGAUUAUCACUAAAGGAAGUGAAGAACAUGGGAAUAGUAGAUAUAACAGAUAUUCAAAGAUUUCUAGUGCUAUGUCAUCACAAGCUCAUUCAUUAUUAUAUUUUGAAAUCGGAGGAAGUUUUGUUAAAGGAAUUUCACCUGUUACCAUAGCAACCUUUGAAAAUUUACAAAAUUUGAAUAUCGGAUUUCAAGGAAAAUAUGAAGAUAUUUUAAAAUAUUCAAGUUUUCCUCAACUUCGAGUAUUAGAAUGUCAUCACGUAUCAAAUCCUUUGGAUAUUUUAAUAAAUUUUAUUGAAAGAACUAAUGGAUUAAUAGAAAAAAUAUCAUUUGAGAUUAACAAUGUUACAGAUUUUCACUUAAUACGACAAUAUAAUCAAUCAAUAGCAAGAUAUUGUCCAAAUAUAAAAUUUCUUACAACAUGGUUUACAAUUGGAGACGCAGCAGAUUUCAAAUAUAUGUUAAUUUCAUGUCCCAAAUUAGAACAUCUAACUAUUGGUAGUUAUGAGAAUGAAGGUGAAUAUUAUAUUGCAAAAAUAGAAGAAUUAGUUAAUGUGAUUAACGAAGUUGAAUCAGAAAUGAAACCGAGAUUAUUGAAAUUGUGGAGAAUAGAAUUUAGAUUCGCAUGGGAAAUACGUAAUAUGUUACCAUUAUCAAAUUAUUUGAGAAAACGAAGGGAAAAAAUUUUACGAUCUAAUUCGAAAAAACCUUUGAAAAUGAUGGAAUUAUAUUUUAGUACAUCUUUUAUGUAUACAUUAAAAGAAGAUGAAAAGAUUGAAUUAAUAGAAAGACUGGAACAUUAUAAGUUAGAAGAAUUAAUUAAAAAUUUCGGUUUUAGUGAAUAUGAAAAACUUUGUUGA